UGCCGCGCGAUUUCAACAGCGAACGCAGCUUCUCCUCGGACGGUCAUCAUGAAAAUCACGAUCAAGACGUUGCAGCAGAAGGUGUUCCAGGUCGAUGCUGAGCCGUCGGAGACGGUCGGAGACCUGAAGAAGAAGGUCUUAGAGAGCCAGGGCCACUCUGUCGAGAGCCAGAAACUCAUUUAUUCAGGGAAGGUAUUGCCGGAUUCAAAGACGAUUGAAUCAUGUGAAAUCAAGGAGAAGGAUUUCUUGGUGCUCAUGGUCGCAAAGCCGAAACCCACGCCCGCAGCUACCUCGUCAACAAGUACAUCUACCUCUUCUACUCCCGCCCCCGCCCCCGCUCCUGCUGCUGCACCUGCCCCUGCUGCCCAGCCUGCUGCCCCCGUCGCGGCACCAGCGGCGCCGUCACCCGCACCCGCUGCCUCCGCGCCCUCCCAGCCCGCCGCGGCCCCCGCCUUCGGCGAUGCGAGCUCUUUCCUGACGGGAGAGGCCCUCCAGAGCAGUAUCAACAACAUGAUCGAGAUGGGCUUCGAGCGUGAACAGGUGAUGCGCGCCAUGCGCGCAAGCUUCAACAACCCAGAUCGUGCCGUGGAGUAUCUCAUGACUGGUAUCCCCUCUCAUCUUGAGGAGCGGGCGGCGUCUGAACAACCUGCUGGUGGUGCUGCACCGCGCGCGGCCGCGCCGGCUGCUGGUGCUGGUGCGGCUCCGGCUGCCCAGCCUGCUCCAGCGGCAGCGAACACUGGACCUCAAAAUCUGUUCCAGCUCGCCCAGCAGCAGCAACAGCAGCUGCAGCAAGGUGGCGGCGCCGGAGCCGGUGCAGGUGGGGCGGGUCAAAUCUUCGACCUCGCGGCCCUCCGGGACCUGCCCCAGGUCGCCCAACUGCGCGAGCUGGUCGCGCAGAACCCGGCGUUGCUCCAGCCGCUCCUGCAGCAGCUGGCCGAGGCGAACCCGCAGCUCGCGCAGAUACUCGCGAGCAAUCCCGAGGCGCUGUAUCAGCUGCUUGGUGCAGGUGACGGUGAGGGCGGCGAAGGCGGUCCCGCCACGCAUGUCGUGCAGGUGACGGAGGAGGAGCGCGCUGCUAUUGAGCGGCUCGAGGCGCUGGGUUUCCCAAGGCACAUCGUGCUUGAGGCGUAUUUCGCUUGCGACAAGAACGAGGAGCUCGCUGCCAAUUAUUUGUUCGAGAAUGGGAAUGAAGAUUAAAUGGUGAUGCCAAAAGGUCAAUUGUAGAAGUAGGAGCGACUUGUAGCUAUUUUCCUUCUUGCAGUUUCCCCUUUCUGCUUCUUCGACUGUGAUAUUCUGGAGUACUCUUCCGUUCUGUUCUGGUCAUGUAGCUACUCGUAUUUGCCUGUGCAUGCAGCGCCGCGUAUUCAAAUAAUAGCCGAGGCGGUA